CAAGAUGGCGGCUGCUUCGUUGCAGUCGAUGAAGAAUUUUUGGAAGGAAUUCAACCUUCCCGAGCUUCAGAAAUCUCUUGACACAACUGCUACAGAGCUUGCCAAUCGUCAGGAUGAAUCCGAUACAUCGAGGAAAAGACUUGUUGAGCUUAGCAGAGAUUUUAAAAAGAAUACGUCAGAGGAACUCAGAAAAAAGGUCGCUCCUUUAUUGAAAAGUUUCCAAGGAGAGGUUGAUGCCUUAUCUAAGCGAAGCAAAGCAUCAGAAGCAGCAUUUCUUUCAAUCUAUAAGAAACUUGUAGAUGUACCAGAUCCUUUGCCUGUUCUUGAACAAGCACAAAUCCACCAGCAAAAGGCUUYUAAAAUACAGGACUAUGAAAUAGAAAACAAAAAAUUGAGAGAAACUUUGGAUGAAUACAAUACAGAAUUUGCAGAAGUAAAAAAYCAAGAUGUGACGAUCAACAAAUUAAAAGAAAAGAUAAAAGAAUAUGAUGACAAACUAGAGGAACGAGUACAGUCAAAAGUMAAGGACAGAGAGAAAGAGCUACAAAGGGAGUUUGUUGAGAAAGAAAARCAACUUAGAGAAACCCAAGUUUCUGUUGCAAGAAAACUUGGUGAAGCAGAGCACAAGACAGUUACUCUACAAGCUGCACUUGAUAGCACACAGACAGAACUAUUUGAUGUUAAAAGUAAAUAUGAUGAAAUGACAGCAGCAAGGUCAUCAGAGAUUGAAAUCUUGGAAUUAGAUGUUGAUAGAGCUAAUCAGAGGGCUCUUUCUGCUGAGAAACAAGUUGAGUCUUUAAAGGAAGAGCUUGCAAAGGCACACUUUCAAAUACAGGAUGUGAGUGACCAGAAAAGACCAGACAUGGAUGCUACCAUGGAAACCAUCUCUAGAUCAGCCCUWGAGCAUGAGCUGACUGCUAAAGAAAGACAGAUUUCUCAGUUAGUGACUGAUAUCCAGCAUAUGCAGUCAACAAUAACAAGAAUGAAGGACAGCUAUACCCUKCAGGUGAACAGACUUGAAGAACAAGUUACAGCCAAAUCUGCUCAUAUAAAAUCUUUGGAAGAAAGACUUUCUCAUCAAGAAGAUUAUGAGGAAGUCAAAAGAGAACUGAGUGUUCUGAAGAUGAUUGAGUUUUCUUCAUCUUUGGAAGACCAGGAAGACAAAGAGACCACACCAAAAUCUCUUGAAAAGCUUUUCAUUGACAAAAACAAACGUCUACAGUCUGAAAAUACAAAUUUAAAGGUGGAAAAAUCUGAACUAGCAACAAGAUACCAAGAACUUAACAAACAGUAUAAGGAAGCUGUUCAUACCAUCACUGACCAGAAAGAACUUAUUACACAACUUGAAUGUGAUUUACUUAGUGUUAAUGCUUUGCCUUCAUCAUACCGAGGCCAGGGGGAGGGGGAGGCAGUACCACCGUCAGAGACAGAACUAGUGGCAACAGCUGUACAACAGACUUUGUCUCCAGUCAGCGAGACCACMACAGACCCCUCUGCAGCCAGUUCACUAUUACCCAUUAUAUCAAGUCAAAGAGAAAGAUUUAAACUUCGUAAUUUAGAACUAGAAGCCCUUACUCGYCACCAGCAGCAACAAAUAAGCACAAUACAAGAUGAAGUGGAUAAGUUACGAUCAGAUAACGUGAAAUUGUACGAGAAAAUCAAGUUUUUACAGAGUUAUCCAUCAAAGGGAUCAUCUUCAGGUAGAGACGAUGAUUUGGCGGUCAGUCGAUAUUCAUCACAUUACGAACAGCGUCUUGAUCCAUUUGCCGCGUUUAAUCAACGAGAAAGACAGCAAAGAUACAUGGGACUUAGUCCACACGAGAAAGUUACUUUGAACAUGGGACGUUUUCUUCUUGGUAACAAAAUGGCACGUACAAUAACGUUCUUCUAYUUGCUAAUUCUUCAUCUUUUGGUUUUCUUGGUAUUGUACAAGAUGGCMCACACCGAGUCAUGCAGAAGAGAUACAGCUUCAGAAUGUGCAAAAAGAUUUGCUCAACAUAUGAUGGACGUCCAUAACCAACAUUGAUAGCGUUAUCGCUCCUUAAGAAAAUCAGAGCAACCGCGUUCCCAGGCCCUUAUUCCUUUGCUAACCACAAGGUACUGGGAACAAGGUUGAAAUCAGAAUUAUUAGAGGGGGGACGGGCAAAUGCAGUCUUUGGUCAAAACAAUUGACUAGUGGAAUUAGGUUUCUACAGCUUACAGUUUUGGUCAKGGGGAGUAAAUGAAAAACGAAAAAGUCCUAAGUUUCUUAGUCAAGGUGUUUAAAUAUAAAGACAUAAUCGGUCAACUUGGCAUACAGGAGCUACCUCAAAACUUUAUAUGGUAGAGCUUGCAGAAACAUUUCUCAAAAAAUUGCGACUGAGUUGUGAACGAAAUCUCAUUUGGCGCUACAAUAGUUCUAGGCAAGCUGCUAAAAAAGCCUUUCUAACACACUUGUGUGGAGUCUUGCACUUCUCGCAUUUCGCGCUCAGUUGAUGUUUUUCGCUAAUUUUCAGAAUUAAAAUUGUACAUGGUCUUUUCGUUGUACGUCCUCUUGUUGACACAAUUGACGGCGCAAGGACAUACAACUCAAAACCGUGCGCAAUUUGUCAAAUGGUUUCGAACAUAGAUGAAUCAGGCAUGAAGACCAGGUCCAGAAUUACUUAGUUUUACUUCUCGAGAACGAUAUCAGACUUCAAACCUUAAUAUCAAUUUUUGUUGAAAAAAUUGRGGAAUUGGGCGUUAAUCCARACUCAAUAGASAAAUAAUGAAUUARAUUUAAUAGCCAYGAGACAUUUAGGUACAUUUUUAUUGUUAUAAGUAGCUUUGUUUCUUAAAAUACAAACUGAACACAAAUAUGGUACUCUUGUAAAUUGUAAAUACUUAGCUUACAAAUAAAAACAAAUACGAUUAAUAUUUAUGACAAACAACUGAA